GCGGCCAAACGCGCGCAUCACUCCGCACUCGACGUGCCAAAGUGGGGCUAUACUCGGAGUGUUAGAAGCGUGAAAGUGGAAGCUUGACAGUUUCCAAACAGAGGACUCUGGUGAUUUAGACCGCUUUUAUUUUGAGCUUCUUCCAUUAUCUAUUUGGGAAUUUUCUUCCCCCAACCCCCCCGCCCCCACCCCUCCCGCUGCCUCCUCUUGUCGACUUUUGGGAGAGAUUUUACUGGACAUGGCUUUCCCUCAGCUGGGGUACCCCCAGUUCCUCAACGCCGCCCACGAGGUGUACGCGGGCGAACGACCGGCCUCUAGCCGGGAAGGAAGCAGCGAAAGUGGCGUCACCUCGUCUGCUACAGCCGCUGCUGUCGGCUCCAUGCUGGGGAUGUACGGCAACCCAUGGGCGGCCCCCAACUACAGUGCCUUUCUGCCGUAUAGCGGAGCACCAGACCUCGCCCUCAUCUCCCAAAUGGGCUCCCAGUACGAGUUAAAGGACGGCCCCGGUUCCCACCCGGGCUCUUUACCCGUUCACGCCGCUCAAGGUUUCUACCCGUACGGACAGUAUCCCUACGGAGACCCGUCGAGGGCCAAAACCGCCACACGAGAGACGACCAGCACGCUGAAGGCCUGGCUGCAGGAGCACCAGAAAAACCCUUACCCCACUAAAGGGGAAAAGAUCAUGCUUGCUAUCAUUACGAGGAUGACACUCACACAGGUGUCCACAUGGUUUGCAAACGCACGCCGGCGUCUAAAGAAGGAGAACAAGGUGACGUGGGGCCGCAGCGCCGAGGACCGUGACGGACGCAUCUUCAGCAGCGACAACGAGGACGAGCAAGGCAAGAACGGCAGCGACGACGACGAAGACGAGGAGAUCGACUUGGAAACGGUCGAUAUUGAAAGACCGGAGGAGCCGCGCGCCGCAGCGGAGCAGGGCUGCAGGAAGGGGGAGAGGGAGGCGGACGUGGCCCGCAGAGAGGCCUCGACGGAGCCUCGGAGCUCAGAGAGCACCAGGAGUCUUUCCCAGCCUGUUGUCAAACUCGUGGAUCGCUCCCCCGGCAGACAGGAGUGCCAGAGACCACCGCAGAGUAAACCCAAAAUCUGGUCCCUGGCCGAGACCGCCACGGCACCGGACAGCUCGCACAAACCUCCCCACGCUGCACUUGCGCACCACCCGGCUUUGGCGUCCGCCGGACACCCGGCGCUGCUCCCGGGUCAUGGGAUAUACACAUGCCAGAUCGGGAAACUGCACAGCUGGGCCAACGCGGCUUUUCUCAACGCCAACUCGCUGCUGAACAUGAGGUCGCUCCUCGGAGGGGCGCAGGCCGGGCACCUGCCUCUGCGCGGCACCGCGCCCCCCGCGCGUCACGACGCACGACCCGGACACGGGACUUCGGGGACAGAAGACGACAGUGACGGAGACUCGUCUGGAAGCUUUAGUCCAAAAAGAGACGAUGAAGACAGUGACCACAGACCGGAUUCACUCAAGUCUCCAUUCCAGCUCAUCACUGACAGACCUCACCAUGGCACAGGAACACAGCGAGCUCUCACAUCAACAUUAUGAAAACACUAACCAACAACAACAAAAAAGAAUUUUAUUUAACUGAGAACAAUUUAACAAAGACUAUUUUUGGCAGGGCAACCUGUUAGAGUGUUACCGUUUAGCCAAUACAUGUAAAAGAGAUGUUUUCUUGUCACUGAUUUGCCUGUACCUCUCAUUUACGUGUUCUUUUACUCUCUUACUGUUUCUUUUGAAAAAAUGUAAAUACAGGAUAUGAAUUUGUCUUUAAAGAAUAUAUUUUUCGGAAACUAAAUAAAUGUCAUUAUAGUCAUUUAUUAUUGAAAACA